UUAGGAGGGGUGAGCCGGGCGCCGGCGCCGCCGUUGUCCGCGCGCCAGUCUGCAGCCAGCCUGCGUGGGUGCUGCGCGCCUACGUGUCGCCGUGAGAGCAGAGCAGCUUCCCGCGCCGUGCCGUGCCGAGACGGACUUGCGAUGCGCCAUGGAGCAGCAGGUGUCCCCUGCGGCUGCUGAGGAGCAGGCGGGGGCGGCGGCGGACGCCCCGCAUCCCAGGCCGCUCAGCUUCUCCGCCGAGCAGGUCGCCUGCGUCUGCGAGGCCCUCCUCCAGGCGGGCGACAUCGCGCGGCUGGAGCGCUUCCUGCGGCUGCUGUCGCCGGCGGGGCUGAUCCGCGGCCACGAGUCGGUGCUGCGCGCGCGCGCCGCCGUCGCCUUCCAGCGCGGCCACUACCACGAGCUGUACGCCAUCCUCGAGUCGCAGCCGUUCAGCGCGCGCCACCACGCGCACCUGCAGCAGCUGUGGUUCGCCGCCCACUACCGUGAGGCGGAGCGCGUGCGCGGCCGGCCGCUCGGCGCCGUCGACAAGUACCGCCUGCGCAAGAAGUACCAGCUGCCCAGGACCAUCUGGGAUGGCGAGGAGACCGUCUACUGCUUCAAGGAGCGGUCGCGGAACGCGCUCAAGGAGUGCUACAACCGCAACCGGUACCCCACGCCCGACGAGAAGAAGGGCCUGUCCAAGAAGACGGGCCUGACGCUCACCCAGGUGUCCAACUGGUUCAAGAACCGGCGCCAGCGCGACAGGCCCGUCCACACCCGCAGUGGCAGCACGAGUAGCACAGGGAGCAAUGGAACAGCUGCAGAUGUCAGCCUUUUGUGGGGCAGUACUACUCCAACCCUGUGCUAUGCCACUCAUGGGGUUCCAGGAACUGGUGGAGUGAAGAGUGAACCUGAUGCGUAUAUUCAGGCUGCUUACAGCGCUGGAUACGAUGCUGUUCUGUCACCUCAAUGAGAUGACAAUGCUCAUUUGAGCAGCUUCACAGAUAUCUUAUUAAUCUCUGUCCAUAAAAAAAAAAAACUAGAGUAAUAUUUGUAUUUAAACCUUCUAUUGUAAUCUCUCCAAAAAGUGUUACAAAAUUUGUUAAAAAUAUUACCGAUUUGUACUCACCACAGUAGCUAUACUACCCCCUGAAUCCAUUAAGGGCUGGUGAGAAAAAAAUAUAACUUCAUAAAUUGAAUUGAAAGCUCCAGCUGUAUGGACUGACUAAGUCAAAGGAAAGGGAAUUUCAUCUAUCGAAGUAAUGAUGUACAAAGGUUCAAGUAUUAGAUGGUAUUAUAAAUAUGAAUGUAACUUAGAAAUACUUCAAGAAAAUUGCAGCAAGGGGAAAAAUUAUUUUAUGGAACAUCUGCAACAUUAUAUACAAAUUCAAAGAAAGUAAUUAAUGUACAAAUUGUAAAGAAAAUAUAUACACUCCCAUGUUUUGAACAAUUAUAAUUGCUGUUUGGAGCUUGGGUACAAUUCAGAUAAUAAUCUAGCAGAAAACUGGAGAAAAUUAAGGCCAGAGAUACUGAAUUUGGCUUUCAACAAACAACACAGUUUACCUGCACUGACAUGUUUCAUUUACUAAUGAAAUUUGUUAAAUUAUUGUCUAUGUCUUAACUUGAUUUCAAUUUCAUUUUAAUCUGUAGAAUUACAUUUGUACAUGCAAUAGGAGACAAAUAACUGGAAAUGUGAAGGAUUGUCCAAUCAGCUGAGAUAAUUGGGAGAAUUACAUUGAAUUACAAAUGAAGAAGCAGGAAAUGGAGUGGCCGAUGCAGCUACCGAACGAGAAAGAAAGUGUGUAGCAAGUGAAGGUAUGAUUAUAGAGUGGGAGUAGUGACUCAAUGAAGCUUUCGAAGAGAAACUAAAUGGCAUUGAAGGGGAAAGAUACAUAAUAAGAGUUACUAAAACAUAGAGUAAAAUGUGAACAACACGAAAGGUAAAAAGAAAAGUGAAACUGAAGUAGAACAGAAGAUAUACAGUAUUUGAGAGAAGUGAAAGAUGCUCAGACUGCUUCCAAAGGAGAUCUUACAGUGACUAGUCUUUAAAUAAGAACAUGUAGUAUUUUGCCUUCGUCUCUAAGCUUUCUUAUACAGUCAGCUCUUUUGAUUUUUAACUGCUGCAGACCUUUAAUUAAUUUCUCUCAUAAAAAUAUUAUUUUUGUAUAUUUUAUCUGUUCUUCUAUGAUUCCUCUAGUUUUUCAAUUUAAACAGUCCCUUCUACUGACAUAUUAUCAAGUUCACUGAUUCAGAUUUCACUACAAUAACUUGGAAUAUCAAAGAAAGCAAUUCACUGUGUCACAUAACAUUUAAUCAUGAUUGAUUCCUAGCAAGUAAUAAACAUUACUAUUGUAUCAUAGUAUCAAGAAUCAUCUAUCAAAUUGAUUGAAAUUAGUAUUUGUGCCAAUAACUAUUAAUAUUAAGCGUUUCUCUUCUUUAUAGCAUACUGAACUGACAUUAAUGUGUGAGAGUUGUGUGGUACCAAAGCACUGUACAUCAGUGUUCUACUUGUACCUGUGGCUUAUAUUAUAGAUACCUCGGAAAACAGAUGUAGGUUGUGAACCUUCUCAUAGUUUCAGACAACAAACACAUUACAUUUAUUUUAUUUCCUGUUAUCAAAUGAUGAGGAAUUUUAUUCAUCAGAUAAGUGAUUUGAGUGGUUCAAAUAGACUCUUAAAACUCAAUCUCUGAAGUUUAAUGGAACCUGUGUAGCCUGAGUAAUUUGUUGUUUUAAUUGUGAAAUCAAUUUCAAUUGUUGGAAGGUAUAUUUUCCUAUAUUUCUGGGUUUUUCCAAUGUGAGUUUUGCAGUAAUGUGAAAGCUCUGUGAUACACUGAUAUUUAUUGUACCAUCCAAGUAGUUUGCCUCAUAUAAGGAAAGUCACACUUGUAACAAGUGCACUAAAUGUUCCAUCUGAAGAACACACAUUAACUUUGCUCAUUAGGGCAAAGCAUGGAUCUUGGCAAAAGGCAGUAACAUUUCUUAGUAUCAGAAAGUCAUAUGUUAUUGCUUUUAGCACCACAAACACUUGGGCAGGUAAACACUUCGGGAGGUAAAUCUCUGCAGAUGGUCAGUCAUGACUUGUUAUUACUUUAAAUCUUCUAUUUCUUCUUACUUUGAAAGAUAUAUCAAUCUUUACUUCCUGUAUUUGUUUUUCAGUAACAUACAUAAAAAAUACCCUCAUGAUUACAGCCUCUCCACAUCUUUAACUCUAGUGAUCUUUCAUGCUUUCUUAGUGAAACUAAUGUCUGCAAAAUUCCUGGCUUUGCAAAACUAGAAAAUUGGAAAUCACCCUCAAUUCAAUUUUUUGUUUAUGGUGCCUACUGCUCACAGUUGUCUGUGAGGUACUCCAAGAUUAAUUUUUUUAAAGUAAUUAUGACUGUUUGUCAUUUCACUGUCUCUUUUUCCUACCAGAUGUUGGUAUAUGGUUCAUCUCCUGUCUAACAUUCACCUGUGAAGACAGGUUGAACACUGUCAGUACUAUAACUAGAAAGGGACUGUUACCGCAGAAUUAUGAAUUACAUAUAAUACUGCAGUAUUAUUAUACUUUCAAUAAUUGUGAAAUGACUAGGCAUGUCUUUACAUGAAAAAAAAAUUCAAAUUGAGAAAUUAAUUGAAAAGUAAACAUACAUCACACAGAAACAAAGCUUCAUAGCCAGAUCACAGUUUGGUUAAAAACUGCGAUGGGCAACAUUCUGGGCAAUUCCUUGUAUUACAAAAAUAUUGCAGAAAUAUAUAACGCAGGAAAAUGUUGCUAUUAUUACUUUUAAAUAGUUUUAAUUAGAUUAGUAGAACAGCUACAAUGAAACAAAGGAUUUAUUACAUACAUGUAAAUAACUGAUAUUUGGAAUUCAGAUAGACAGUUAAAGGGUAGAAGACAAGUUCAUAAAAUUUUAAACGAAAGUCAAAUACCUACAGCAAAAUAAGCUCUGGCACAUUUUCCUCAAGUAUGGAAAUCAACUUGCAUGCAGCCAUUCCAUCUUGAGAGGGUAAUAGUUAACGAAAUAUCAAUGUGAUUCAUCAGAAGAAACAUAAGACAUUGAAAAUCAUAGUCAUGAUAUUCCUCCAAAUAUGCUUCCUCAUUUGUUUUGGAUUCAGAAGUAUUCUUUAAACUAAUUACCAUUUCACAUUGUUGUUGGUCAAGAUGAUAUCUACCGAGUCAUCCUUCAUUAUGACAUUUCAGUUGUUGUCUGUAGCUUAUAAAAUGAAAUGGAUUUCACUAGAUAUUUGUGAUGGUUUGACAUCUGCACAUUUUCAUUUGUGCUAUGAAAUACAGUGUGUGUGUGUGUGUGUGUGUGUGUGUGUGUGUGUGUGUGUGUAACAAAUGGAGAGAGAGAGAGAGAGAGAGAGAGAGAGAGAGAGAGAGAGAGAGAGAGAGAGAGAGAAUGUGCUGCCAGAUCAUCAUACAGUGGCACCUUGUGACUGUGGAAGUACUGCAGAUAACAGCAGAAUUUGCCAUGGACAUCGAUGAUGAAUUACUGUGGAUAAGUGACUUUCUUUAUAUAUGCUAUGCAAUAAAUGACGUAUCAGUAAUGUUGAAAUAUAAGUUUUUCAUCUGUGGAACAUAUUGCAAGUAGUACAGGUUGAGUUCUCAGACUGUGUGUUGCUUUGUUGUCAGGUCUUCUUAAAUGGAAAAAGAAACUGUAUGUAACUGAUAUUGUUUUUAUGUUUAAAAGUCACAAACUUGGUUUUCUUAAAGUCUUUAUGUUCCUUCCUAUUUCUGUUGUAAAUGGCUUUAAGCAUGACAUGUUUACUAUAUUACUAAAAUUAUGUAGUUACCUGGUAUAUCAUUCUGCAGUACUGUACAUAUUGUUUAAAAUAAAUAUAUUAUUGUGUUACUUCUAUUGGAUUUCUGUUUCUGUGAUUUAAGCCAAUGACACAUUCAGUUUCUGAAGCUUCCCUGCAACCAUAAUGUCACCACCUACAUCAUUAUGCAGAAACAAUACCACAUAAAUUGGUUUGUUAAAUAAUCCAUGACCAAAACAAUGGUCAUACAUGAAAUAAAAGUCUGUGACUAUACAAGAAUGGUUUUUCAGCGACACACACACAAAGAAAGUUUUUUAACAAUAUCAAUGAUCCAGCUUCUGAUAAACUCUUGUGUCCACCAGAAAUAUUUUAACUCAUCUCUAAGGCUUUGUUGGGCAAAGUGAUCAUAGCAUGUUUCAGGAGGAAUAGUGAAUUUUAGGAGAUGGUAGUAUAGCCAAUUUGAAUAAAACAUUCGAUAUAACAAGUGUCCAAUUUUUAUUGUUUACAGAAAUACAACUGGUUACAGUCAUAAGCUUUCGUGUGAUGUGUUGGUACUGCAGUUACUAUGAUGUUAUUAGUAGUCAUCGUUAUUUUCAAGUUCAAGUUCUGAGUUGUGCCUGAGUUUACGAAACAGAACUUUUCAAAUGUGAUUGUGAUUCAUCUAUCAAUUCAAUUGUAUCAUUUAAGCAUGACACUCCUGUUUACAAAUUCUGAGUAUGUCAUUAUGGUAGUUGUGUAUGGGUUUUGUAAUGGAAACUGCAAGGUUGCUUGUAGAGAACAUGAACAUUAAUUUUCUAACUGCAGAGUGAGACUGGUGCAGUGCCCAGCAGUCACAUUUCAUCUGAACAUGCAAAUGAAUAGAGUGUAGAUGGAGAAAAAGACAGUAUUCAGUUGGCAGAGCAUUGUUCUUUAACAAGCACAUGCUGAGUUUCUACUCAUAUAAGUGCUCCAUGUACAAGAAUAUGACCAACACUAUUUACAAAGGACCUCUAUCCUUAUCAUCUACAAUGGAUUCUACAUCUUCCACAAAGAGACACAAGUAGAUGACUGGAAUUUUUUCAUUGGCUAGUGGCAAAUCACCAGUAAUCCCAUUACUGCUGUUAACUGAUGAAGCCACAUUCAUUUAUGAUAGUGUCCAAUACAUCACAACCAGUGAUCUGACAAAAAUCCACAUCCCUUUGUGGAUACACAUUUUCAAGAAUGCUCCUCUGUAAAUGCAGGGGUUUAUGUAAAUCUACUUUGAAUCUAAUCAUCUGCCUUUGCUUACCACAUACUGUGAGUAUUUGUUUGAGUGACACACUUGUAUUUCUGCAAUCAAUAAAAAUUGGACACAUUAUAAGCAAUAUUUUAUUCAAAAUAGUCUAUAGCACCACCUCCUGAAGUAUUCAGUAUUCCUACUGAAACACGCUGCUACAUCUCCUAGGUAAUCAUAAUAUAAAAGUUUGAAAAUAAAUUUUGCACACAUGUAACAAUUUAUUUAUCAUAAUAUAUUGCAAUUUACAAUUGUGGAAGACUUUAGCUUCACAGAGACAAAAUAAUCAGACAAACACCAGGAAUAAUAACAUGAUCACACCAAAUUGAAGAUGGCUGUAAAAAUUGUUUUUCUCCAUAACAAGCUUACAGAAAUCUAGUCAAGUGUACUACAACAUAAACAAAUAAGAACUGGUCAGCAGUCUUUUCUAUAAAAAGCACAUGGACAACAAAAGACAGGUUUAGAAAUAUCUGACUAUUGACAGACAUUUGUCUUACCUCCCAUGAGUGUCAUAUAUAACUCAAAUAUGAAAUUUAGUUGUUUUGUUGCUCCAAAUAGUUAUACAACAUAUGCUCUCUCAUUGAACUUUUGCUGUUGAUAUGUUGCAUCUGUAGAGAGAAAGCCUCUUUAAUUGGUCAGUUACUACCAUCAUUUACGCGAGGCCUCAGUUAGGUUCUCAGUAGUUUGUUUAUUUCUUUGCUCUAAGUCUAAAUCUUACAUGAUAAUUAAAACCAAUGGUAAAUAAUCAGAAUAACAAUGAAUAUUUUACAGAGAAAUAACAGGAGGUUUUUACAGGUUUUGCAUACGUAAAUAACACACACAUAAUUUUUUGUCUGCUUUAUGGAGAGUUCUACAGCUCAAUGUCUUACUCUUUAUUAACAAUAACAACAAUUCUAUUGACAUCACAGGCUCAAGUUAAGAGAAGCAUCUGAUCAUGGCCUACUCACACUGGCAAAAGAAUGGAAUUCAACUUGUUUUUGAACAAUGGAAAGCCCAUGUUGGAAUAUUAACAACAUUAUGAUGAAAAGGAUAACUUGCUACUCACCAUAAAGAUGGUAUGUUGAGCUGCAGACAGACAUGAUGAAAAGACUGUUGUAAAUAAGCUUUUGGCCAACACCUUCUUCAGAAAAGUAUAAUGCACACACAUUCAUAUUUGAUUCUGGCUGGAGCAACUACUAUCUCUGGCUGCUUUGGUCAGAAUUUGAUUCUGGCUGGAGCAGCCAGAGAUAAGUGGCCAUGUGUGUGUAUGAAGUGUGCUUGCUGGUGUGAAUGUGUGUGCAUUUUUCUUUUCUGAAGAAGGCUUUGGUCAAAAGAUUAUUCAUAAGAGUGUUUUAAUCAUGUGUGUCUGCAACUUAAUGCAGCAUCUUUAUGGUGAGCAGCAAUCUGUCCUUGUCAACAUGUUUUAGUUGAUUUCAGAAGGAUAACAUUGAUUUGUAAGGAUCACUACUUAAAAAUUUUGCAAUAAAUAAUUUCUCAAAAUAAAUCAGCACAAUUUAUUUUCAUCUGUAUAUCACUAUCAUUACUAAAUGAAAAGUACUGUGUCAGCCUUCUGUGCACUUUUUUUUUUAGCAACAAUGAAAUUCAUUGAUCUCUUUGAAUACUAUCCUUACAUUUUAAAUGCCUUGCAUAUUUUUAAUAAGGGCAGUAAAAACAGAGAAUACUUUUAUUUUGAGUUUUCCUUCAUUCCAAAGCAACAGCUUGGAAUCUGAUACUUUACAAUGAUUAACAUAAAGCAGUUAUUUUACUGGUUGCUUGAAGGUCUUAGAGUCAAAUUCUGUGACUAAUAUGAAGUAACUCAUGGUCACAACACUUUUCUUUUAGUUUCAUAAUGUAACUAUAUCAAGUUUUCUGCAUAAACAACAAAUUCUGGAUUAAUUUACUUUACACAAAAAAAAAAAACGGUUUCAUCUUAUUAAUUUUCUUAUGAUAUGGGUUUUGUGUUAAAAUUUGAAAUAACACACUUGGGAAAAUCAAAAUAGUUAUGCAUAGCGAACGUUGUUUCCCUUUGUAAUGAGCAAUAUACAUGCAUUGCACUGAUGGAUUUCAUGACACUUGUGUAGGUUUCAGUUACUUUUCUGGCUGGUUGUUGCCAUAAAAGAUAACAGAAAUUAUGUACACCAUUCCAUUUCUCAUUUUUGUCACUAAAAAGUAAGUCAUUAAGGUUCAGUUAGGUUAUAUGGAGGACUCAAAACACAAUUAGUCAAUAUAGGGGGAAUGUGAAGCUUAAAUAAUGGCAGGACUAAUGACUCAUUGACUCCACUG